AUGUACGGCAUGGCUUACAUCCGCCUCGCCAUAGUACUUGCAGCGGUGUGCAGCGUGACAGCCGUGGCCGGCUCCUGCCCCACCGGCUUCUCCGGCCCCCAGUGCGGCGUGUGCGAGUCGGAUGCCGCCUGCGCCGCCGCCACCAACGACUCCGGCGCUACGUGCUCGCACGACGUCGCCUACGCUUCCAACAGCGUCACCAAGUCCUAUGCCUGCGAGAUGGGCACCGGCUUCCUGGCCUCCAUCGUGGCGCCCAACACCACCUACGUCACGUGCCACACCGGCGCCCAGGCGGGGCAGGUCCUGGCGCCCAGCGCCGAGGCUCCGGCGCCCGAGGCCGGGCAGGCUCCGGCGCCCGAGGCCGGCGGCGCCAUCGGGACAGGCAACUGCGACAUCGGCUUCGUGCUGAACACCACAUCCGUCCCUGUGCUCUGCUCGGCCACCUCCUGCCAGAUGAGCGCGGGCGCGCUGGACGUGUACUGCGGCGACGUGACCUGCGCCUGCUCCGGCGCCUGCCCCGCCGGGCUGAUCCAGGGUCUGGUGAGCUCGGUGGCGGGCACCGCGACCAUGACCUGCGAGCCCGGGGGCGCCUGCGCCAUCGCCAUGGAAGGCCUGCCCAUCGCCUCCAUCGACGUGCAGUGCUCAGUGGGGGAGUGCCUGGUGCCCGUGGUGCGGCCGCUGGGCAACGACACGCUGCCGGAGGGCGACGUGGCGCACCUGAGCAUCAACCCCUUCAUCGCCGCCAUCCCGCUGCUGGCGCUGGUCACGCUGCUGGCGGGCGCCGCGGCUGCGGAGUUCGUGGCGUCCCUGCACGACGUGCCCGGCCAGCGCGGGCAGUGGGCGGUGCUGGGCGGCAUCACCGGCACCGUGCACGGCGGCGAGGUCGUGGGCGUGCUGGGUCCGUCUGGGUGCGGCAAGACCUCGCUCCUGGGGUCGCUGGCGGGGGCGGCCAUGGACCUGGGCGCCUCCGCCCAGACCACGGGCGAGGUGCUGGUGGACGGCGCGCGGCGGCAGAAGGCCGACGUGGCCUACGUACCGCAGUCCGACGUGCUCAUCCCGUCGCUGACGGUGCAGGAGUGCCUGCGCUACUCCGCGCUCCUGCGCCUGCCCCUGAGCACCUCGCCCAUGGAGACCCAGCUGCGCAUCGAGCACGUGCUGGACGAGCUGGCGCUGCGCCACGUGGCCGACUCGCAGGUCGGCGGCGCCGGCCGCAUCCGCGGCAUCUCGGGCGGCGAGCGCCGGCGCGUGACCAUCGGCAUGGAGCUGGUCACCGACCCGGCAAUCCUGGUGCUGGACGAGCCCACCUCGGGGCUGGACUCCUUCACCGCCCUGAACCUGAUGCGCACGCUGCACCAGGUGGCCUCCGGAGGGCGCGUGGUCAUCGCCUCGCUCCACCAGCCCUCCCACGACAUGUUCCUGGCCCUGGACACCGCGCUGCUCAUGAGCCACGGCCGCGUGCUGUUCCAGGGGCGCCCCGCCGACGCGGAGGCCUGGUUCCGGGGUCGCGGCCUGCCCUGCCCCGCCGGCACCGCCAUGGCCGAGCACCUGCUCAAGGUGGCCAGCAACCCCGCCGACAUCCAGGCCCUGCUGCUUGAGCGGGGGGGGCAGGGGGCGGACAGCGCGGCGCUCCUGCGGCUGGAGGACGGCGGCGUGCAAGUGGAGGGGGGCUGCGCGCGGGAGGGCAUCCCUGACGACGGCGCCUCGCCCUCGGACACAGCCUCGGCGUCCCCAUCGGCGGCGGACUCCCCGCCGCUGGGAGGCGGCGGGAACAUGGACUCCGCGGCCGAAGACCGCAGCCCGGACCGCGUGGCGGCGGCCUGGACCCCGGUCGCCGCGGCGGCAGCGACGCACAAGCCGGGCAAGCUGGCGGUGAUGACGUGGCGCACGGCCAUUGACAUCCUGCGCAACCCCACGCUGCUGCGCCUCCACCUGGGCAUCGGCCUGCUGAUGGGCGUGGUGACGGGCCUCGUCUUCUGGCAGCUGGACGAUAGCAAUGUGGGCGUGCAGAACCGCAUGGGCGGCACCUUCUUCGCCCUCGCCUUCCUGGCCUUCACCUCCCUCACCACCGUGGACCUGCUCAUCAACGAGCGCGCCGUGGUGGCACGCGAGGUGCGCGGCGGCUACUACCGCCCCUCCGCCUACCUCCUGUCGAAGCUCACGCUGGACGCCAUCUUCCUGCGGGCCAUCCCCGCCAUCCUCUACUGGGCGCCCUUCUACUACAUGGCAGGAUUCAGGGGCGGCGCGGCGUACCAGGCAACCUACCUCUUCAUCCUUGUCACCUUCAGCUGCGCCGUGGGCGCCCUGUCCAUGGCGGUGACUGUGGCGUCAAACACGGCAGGGGAAGCCUCCUUUGGGAUGAACUUCAUCAUCCUGUUCUCGAUCAUGUUUACAGGCUUCCUGGUGAACGUAUCUUCCAUCCCGGCCUACCUUCGCUGGAUACAUUACCUCAGUGUCUUCUUUUACGCUUUUGAAGCCAUGAUUACGAAUGAAAUGACUGGACGGACCUUCACAUUCAUGGCCUCGGGGUAUGCCCAAAUAGAAGGCAUCAACGGCAACACCUACCUGACGACACUAGGGUUCGAUGCCGGCGCCACAACCCGAGACAUCGGCGUGCUCGUGGGUCUUUACGCCGGCUUCACCCUGCUGUGCCUGGUGCUGAUGCAGGCGCGCAUGCCCCAUAGCAGGCCGCGGAUCAAGAACAUCAUGCGGCGGCUGAGCCUGCAUCGCUGA